GUAAGUAUAUAUGGCAGUGUUUUUCCAUCAGCCCUAUUUGAGGAGCACCGGAGCACCCAAGAAAACUCUUUGCAUCUCCAUGUGGUAUCAACCAAUCAUGAGACCUCUGGUCUUUGCUCUGCUCCUUGGAGUUGUGUUUACCACAGAGGAUGACAAAAUUGUCGGAGGGAGGGAAUGCACGCCUCAUUCACAGCCCCAUCAGGUGUCUCUGAACUCUGGCUACCACUUCUGUGGUGGUUCCCUGGUCAACGAGAACUGGGUGGUGUCUGCUGCUCACUGCUACAAAUCCAAAAUGGACAUUGUCCUCGGUGAUCACAACCGUUGGUUCAUGGAUGGCAAUGAACAGAUCAUUUCUGCUGAACGCGUGAUCCCUCAUCCCAACUACGAGUCCUGGCUGGUUAACAAUGACAUCAUGCUGAUCAAGCUGAGCAAGCCUCCCACCAUCAACCAGUAUGUGCGGCCUGUGGCUCUGCCUACUAGUUGUGCCCCCAGUGGCACCACAUGCACAGUCUCUGGAUGGGGUGUGACCAUGAGCUCCUCUGCUGAUAGUAACAGGCUGCAGUGCCUGGAAAUCCCCAUCCUGUCUGAUGAGGACUGUGACAACUCCUACCCCGGCAUGAUCACUGAGGCCAUGUUCUGUGCUGGAUACAUCGAAGGAGGCAAAGACUCCUGCCAGGGUGACUCCGGUGGUCCUGUUGUGUGUGACGGUGAGCUGCAGGGUGUUGUGUCCUGGGGCUUUGGGUGUGCAGAGAAGAACCACCCCGGUGUCUAUGCCAAGACCUGCAUUUUUACAGACUGGCUGCAGAGCACCAUGGCCUCUUACUGAAUCCAGUCCAAUCACUCUGCUACAGAGGUUUCUAUACUGCAAAAUCCUGUAUCAACAAGGACAUUCAAAUAAAAUAGGUGUAACACCUGCAUUUUAAGUAUGCUUUUAGUUGGUAUCUUUCUGAUCUGCCUGGCAAAUCCACACGACGAAUAAAAUGGGGAAAACAUUCAAUUAUGUUACUAGUUAAAGACCGGUUUACUUUGAUGUUAUAGGUGUUAGGUAAUAAAAAGUUAAACCAUUGGUGAUGUCUGAUAAAAAUAUACUUUUAGUUAAAUGAACACUGAAUCAAUACCGAUUUCAUCACACCACACCUAAUCAGCAUUUGUUUGGCUCUCAAGCUUCUAAAGAAUCAUCAGGUCAUGUCUGUCAUUUAGCAUACUGGAGGAGACUCAUUGUCCCCUCAAAAAAGGUAACUGUUGUCUCUGCUUUUUGGGGAGCCAUCCCUGUUGGUCCAGACUUGAUUAGAACAAAGGAAAUGCAUAAUAAGUUGAAUAGAAUCGGCACUACCAUGAUACACAACCUUUGUCUGGGAACUGGAGUAAACCUGAAAUCAGGGGUGUGUCUUUGGGACAGUUUUCAUUCAAGGAAACACCCACAAUUCCAAAGGAAUAUAAUUCUGAUCCUGAGAAAGAUUCAGGACUGCGGAUUGUGACCCCACAAGGGAAGCAUGUCUUGCAGUCCACUGCUGGCAGUGUUUUCAUGUUUUAUGUUUGAUUGUUUUUGUCAUGUCGUUUUCA